CUCGACGACGCGUCCGAGCCAUCAUGCUCGGGGCGCAGCGGACUCCCAGCACUCGCGCCACGCAUCGUGGCCGGGCUGUCAUCACACGGGUUACGCAGCAGGUCGUCCACUUCACGUCGUAUGCCCGUCCUGCAUCAGGCGGCAUAGCUCUCCUCGCCGCAUGCUCGUGCAUUCACGACAUGCUCAUAUCUCAUAGCGAAGGGCUAGGGCCUACCCCUGCGACCGUGGCAUCUGCCUGCUCCGUACUGGGACGUUCUGCUCUCGCUGUCGUUUAGUGGGGUCGGGCGCUUCGCGUGCGUCGUCUGUCUCCUACAUCGCGCGACCGGCGGACAUGAAUUGUCGCGACUCAUGUUCUCGUCGGCUUUGCAAUGACGGAUCGGGAGGCUCGUCUUCUCCUUCUGUCGGUCCUGGGCAUCGGGCUUCGGCUCGAUGCUCGUCCGCUUUUCUCCUUGGGUUGCGGCUGGCGGCUCGACAUUCGUGUCGAUGUCGGCGGCGCUGAGCUUUGUACUCAGCAUCGCCGUAUCCGCCCAAUUUUUUUUCUUCCCCUUCUUCCUUCGUGAAGAUUGUUUCGACUAUUGGGCUAUGUGGAGUAAUGGAACAGCUACGUACGUAUGAGAUGUAAGUCGUAUAGCUCGGGAAGCGAACAAGUGGCGCGGUUUCGAAGGCUGGACUCCACUCG